UAACAAGGAGAGGAGAAGGGGCUUGCCGGCUUGGAGAAGAGAGAGAGAUUUGGGUUUGGGAUUAAGUAUAAGGCGAAAGAUAGGGCGAUUUAAGGAAGAACGGCAGAGGCAACCGUCCGCCACUUGGACGGCCGGAGUUAUCUCGGAGUUCGCCGCUCUCAGUUUGCUCAAAUUUCCUCUUCAUACUUCACCAUUCAAACAGCACGAUACCCUAUCAAUCACAGUGAAAAUUUGUGCUGUUAAGUCUGUGAACCAUUUGAAGCUCGAUGCUGAUGUCACAUGUUGUAAUAAACCUUAGUCUAAGAGCAUUUCUUUGAUCUGAAAGUGACAGAGAUUAGAGAAUGUAUGGAAGAAGUGGCCUUGAUAGGUUUAAAAAGGCUCAGACCUUGGAACCAUUCUCUGUAACUGUCAAUUCUACUUCACAUGACUCUGCUCAAUCUUCUAGCAAAGAAGGGAUUCAACCUCUGGUUCCAUAUUCACAACCGAGAUCUUCUCACUUUCAAACCAUUAAUCAACAUCAAUCCCAUGAUUCACAAAAAGUUAUUGGACCUGAGGCAGGGCCAUUAGUGGGGCAGACUCAACAAUUAACUCAGGUUGGAGGAAGUCAGUCCACUUGGCAGCCUCCUGACUGGGCAAUUGAACCCCGCGCAGGGGUUUAUUAUCUUGAAGUCUUGAAAGAUGGUGAGGUUAUAGAUCGAAUUAACCUGGACAAGCGGAGACACAUUUUUGGUAGACAAUUCCAUACUUGCGAUUUUGUGCUUGAUCACCAGUCUGUAUCCCGCCAACAUGCUGCUGUUAUUCCUCAUAAGAAUGGAAGCAUAUAUGUAAUUGAUUUGGGAUCUGCUCAUGGAACAUUUGUGGCUAAUGAGAGAUUGACUAAAGACUCUCCGGUCGAGCUAGAAGCAGGACAGUCUUUGCGGUUUGCUGCAUCGACAAGAACUUAUAUCUUGAGAAAGAAUGCUGCAGCACUUUUUUCUCGUCCCCCAUUGCCCACCGAGGUUGAUUUACCACCACCUCCUGAUCCGUCUGAUGAGGAGGCUGUUGUUUCUUAUAAUACACUACUUAAUCGCUUUGGUCUUACCAAAUCUGGCCUACCUUCAUCAUCUGAAGACAGCAGCCCAGCAAGUGCAAAAGAAGAUACACGGCAUGGAAGACCUACCAAAAAGCUUAGGAAGAUGAGAGUGGCUUUCAGGGAUCAACUUGGAGGGGAGCUGGUUGAAGUUGUGGGUUUCUCAGAUGGUGCAGAUGUAGGGACAGAACCUGGUCCAAUAGGUGUUAAAGAAGGAAGUCUGGUUGGGAAAUAUGAAUCUCUGGUGCAGACUACCAUAAUACCAAAAGGCAAGGAGCAGUCUUCUUUGAAGGUAGAUAACAUUUCUCCAAAAGGCGUGACUGGUAAAUUACAAGAAAUCUUGAAUAGGGUAAAAAAUCCAUCAAAAAGCGGAAUUUAUGAUGACCUUUACGGAGAAUCAUUUUCAGGAAAUGUGGGUUCAUCAUGGGCAUAUUCUUCUGCUGGUUCUGCUGAUAAACCGUCUUCCCCUCCUAAAGAUUCAAUCGGUGAAGCUUCCACUCGGAACCAAGAAGAAAAUAACAGGUCCAAUAUAGACAGUGAUGAUGACUUGUUUGGUAAUUGAUCAAAAUGAGCAGAAUGAUGGAAGUUUGUGUAGUCUUCUGUUGUGACAAAAUAGUUGGAGUUCAAGACUGCAGCAAUUCACUGGAAAUGAAUGAUAUAUUUUUUUCCCUUUUUCAAAUGUAACUGGAGACUUUGAUUUAGUCCAUCAGGAUUCUUUCUUUUGUAGUUGCACGCCCUACUAAGGGGCGCAUGUAAACUUGAUUAUAAUAUUUAAGAUUCUCUCUUCGGAAGUGUAUACUGUAGAAUUGAGAAAAUGUGAAGAAUUUGAUCAGGGAAAUAUUAGGCUUGUUUUGCAUAA